AUGCGGACAAUUCUUGAUUCGGCGGCAGAUGCUUUCGGCUGCACACCUCUCGUGCGCCUAGAUCGAAUCGCGUCUGCUCUCGGCCUCGAUGGAACGAUUUUUGCUGAACUUGGCUAUCUGGAUCCUGGUGAUUCGAAAAGGGCCCCAAUUGCUGAGCUUACGAGUAGCAACGCGGGCACUGAGCUUUCGAUUGUUUGCGCCAACAAAGGCUACAGAUUCGUCGCUGCCAUGCACAAGGGACUUUAUUGGACGUGCCGCAAGAUGGCCGCACUGGGCGCUGAGGUUUUGCUCAUUUACCAAAUGCCAGACUCGGUACCUAGAGAGGUUUCGAGACCUUAUCUGCAACCUGUGGGAGAAAAGCGGAACUGGGACGGAGCUUUGGGACAGAGCAAUGGCAAUCUUGAUGGGUUUGGCACUGAACCCAUCCAGCAAUGCUUCACUGUCGAACCUCACGAAGCAGCCGUCUUGGCUGAUCAGCCUGUUUCUCGACCAGUGCAUCCUAUUCAGGGAAAAGACUAUGUGAUGACUAGCGUGAUUGCGCGCAAGGAGGGAUUAUUUGGAUGGUUCUCCCGCGGCGCGAACAUAAGCGCGGCUUUUGAAUCGCUCAAGGCGCCCGUGCAAGGGCAAAUAUGUCACGAAACAGGAAUGCUAUCGCUUUGUCCCGUGCUACUCCGCGUGAACCUCACAUUCGCUCAGCAUACAGACUGCUCUCUUUUCUUCGACUUAGAUGAGUUGAUUCAAUCCACUUUGAACCCACUCCAUCCUGACUGGAAAGCAACAUCGCGCGGCCCUCAAACGGAUUGUCUGUCCUUUCAAAAGUGGCUAAGCUCUGAGAAAUGGCUGCCCAUUCACAACAGCCACGAAUGGCCACCCCCGCCUCAAGAGAAGACCUGGAGAACGUUCUUUGACUGUUAUCUCAAGAAAGCUAACCACGAUUAG